AAAGAAAAGAAACCUCAGGAGGAAAACUGUCAACCAGUUACAGUUGACCAAAUCAAAAUGCUGAUUAAGAGCCAACAUUUUUAUGAAGCCAGCCAACAUCUCAUUGUCAUGCAAAAACAAUCCAACAGCAAUCUGGACAGCAGAAAUGAUGAAGAAACACUAGGCAAUCAGACUGAAAUUAAGGAUUUAUUAGAACUUUUAUAUCAAGAGGUCCUCAGCAUCAUACAGUCAUCUAUCAGCAUAGCAUCAGCACAGCCACAGUUGCUGAAUAAUGCAGUGAAAGCAAUAAUUAACUGGGUAGAGGAGGAGGAGGAGCGAUCUAUUCAUUCGCAGCUCAGAACAUGGAAAGAGGAAUGGAGGAACACUAUCCAGAAAUCCAUAGAAGAACGAAUGAAAGCACCUCCUUUGGUUGAUAACAAGGACCUCUCUACCACUGCUAACAAUUUCUUGCAUAUGGGUGAGACUAUGAAGGAUGACAUGAUCACAGUGGUGCAGCAUAUUAAACACCAUUACCCUGAGCAUUUUCAGGUGUGCAACACUUAUGCCAAGUUCUACCACCAUUACUUUUCAUCUCAGAUGAAGAUGUUUGCUGAGUUUGAAUUGAGCAAAGAAGACAUUUACCUUCUUCUCAGCUGGGUGCAAAAUUUCUAUCCAACGGACAUUAAAAACAACAGUGUUUUAGUUAAAGAGUUGGAUGAAGCUAGUCUUGCGAACUUGUUGCCGUUGGGACAGAUUAAACAGCUUGAACAGACUUAUUUGAGUCAUGAAGUGGAUUCUGUUAGAUGUUGGCUGGACAAAUCUUUGGAAAUUGAAGUCAGGAAAUGGAUGCAAGGGACAGAACCAGAGAUAUUGAAUGAUUGUUUUCAUAGUGAAUUGUCAAUAGAUGCUAUAAAGAUGUUUUAUCAAGUACAAAAGCCUGCUAAGAAAAUCACUCCAGUGUUGGGCCACCAAAUGUCAGCCUUGCUUUUGAAAGAACUCUUGACUUUUCUGCAAAGCUACAAGAAAAAACUGGAGAUAUUCAUUAGAGAAAAUAGACACAAUCAAUAUUUUGAAGCGAUAAUCAUUGCAAACAUUAACAAUUUAGAGAAUUUCCGGACCCAUACGGAGGAAAGCACUGAUUCAACUGAGAGUGAUGUUAAAACAAAAAUCUUUUCCCUACUUGAUGACCUUCAGAACACUGGGUUUAGUGUGUUCCUUCAACCCUUAUUUCAAGAGUUGCAGCCUCUUUUUAGAAAGUUUAGUGAAAAGAAAUGGGCCUCGUGCAGUGGCAUUAUGGAUGAAAUAAUUUCAGUCAUGGAGCCCCGUAUCUGUCUGUUCAAGAACCUUAAAACGCCUGAUCGCCAGGUUAUCAUGGAAAGAAUUCACCUCCACCUAAUCCAAAAAUACAUUCAAAGGCUUAUGUGGAAGUACACCAAACUCAAAUCUCCUGAGAAGCAAAAUCAGUUGUCUGAACUUAUUCAAAGUCAUGCUUCUAUUUUGUACACAUUUUGCACAGAGAAUGGGUCUAAUGCCACAUGGCUGGAGUCUGCUCUCCCAAGCUUGGCUGAAAUCAUCAGACUUCAAGAUCCAGACGCUAUUAAGAUUGAAGUCAGUGCACUUGCCAGCAAAUAUCCUGAUAUCAAAAAGAAACAUCUUUGUGCCAUCUUGAACAUUAAGCCCUUAUCCAGUGCCGAGUUUAAAAACAUUAUGAGUGUGCUAAAGAUUCAUGGAGAUGCCAUACUGCCAUAGUCAUCACUGUUUUCAGGCAUCAGGGUACCUUUAGAUAACUGGGGCAGUUUUCAUUUAUGGAAAAACUGCUGGCAUAAUUCUGUAACUCAGUACUCAGCCCUGGAAAAAAAACAGUGAAGUCUAGAUGGAACGUAACCCCCAAUACAGGUA